AUGUAGAAAUCACUUCUCCUCAUCAGUCUUAUCUGUGCCACCACUGUCAGUGCCGGUCUCUUCAGCAAGAAAAAGGUUGCUGCCCCAGUCCAACUCAAGGCAGUCCCUGCAGUUCUUACUGAGGCCAUUCAAUUCAUUGAUGGACUUGGAGUAGGAAUCAUCAAGGAGGACAUUGGAGCUGAUCUUCAAAGAUGCUACAGCGGUGCUGGCGACCUUAAGCACGACAUCACCCACGCCAUCUAGGACUUCGAAAUCGGUGGAAUCCUUGGAUACAUCUCAGGUGCCCUUAGAAUCAUCAAGCUCAUCAAGGAACUCCCCACAUCCUUCUCAGGAUGCAAAGACGCUGGAGCUGGACUCAAGAAAUUCGUUGGCUGGGCUGAGACCUAAUUCGCUGACAUCAGUGCUCUUGAAUCAAAGAUGGCCACUAACUUCCUCUGGAACUCAAAGACAGUCAUUGGAGAUGCUGAAGAUGGAAUUACUCAAGCCAAGGCUGGAGAUUACUACGAUUCAGGUCUUGACAUCGGUAAAGCUGUAAGCAUCCUUACCCAAUGA